CUCUUAUCACGUCUCUUGGAUAAAAGGUAUUGAAAAAUUCACGUGGCAUGAAAGGAUGACAGACUCGGGAGAGCCCCAGAGGCACACACUUUGUUUUCUAUCUACAUUGCUUUCCCAGAAAGUUCCUGAGAAGUCAGAUGCCGUGCUUCGCUGCAUUGUAUCUGGUCAGCCCAAGCCGGAGGUAACUUGGUAUAAGAAUGGCCGAGCCAUCAAGAAGUGUGGCAUUGUUUCCAGCUACGAAUUCUUCCAGAAUCAGUAUAUUCACGCGUUACACCUCUAUCGCUGUAGCCCAGAUGACGCUGCUGUUUACCAAAUCUCAGCUAAAAAUUCUUCUGGAAUGAUUUGCUGCUCUGCUUCUGUUGAAGUCAAGUGCUCAGCAGAGAACCCACAGCUCUCUCCUGACCCGAAAGAUGGCAGGGGCAUGGGAUGGAGACACGCAACAGAGGCAUGUGCACAGGAGAAAACAGAUCAGCUUGAUGAGAAAGAACAUCCUCGUGAGGGGGAGGAAAAUGUCUCCACAGGUACUGCCAUGUCAGCUGAUUCCCCCUCCUCCAAAUUCAGCUGUUCCUGCUCACUGCAGGCCAGUAGUGACCCUCAUGCCUCCAGCUUGGAAAAUCCCUUGGAUGUUAAAGGAACGAGGCCAACCGGAGAGGCUCGUGAUCUGGGUGACGCCGAGGAAGCCGCAGACGGGCUGCUUUUUUCUAAUUUAAGUCGUAUUCCCACCAACCACAAUGUAUAUUGCCACAGAACAGUCCAUUCCAAAGGAUCGAGGCUGACGGAUGCCUUACACAGUGAUGACCCUCAGGACAGAGUCUCGGACUCUGGCCAAGCAGACCCCACAGGACAGAAAUACGUCAGCUUCAGCCUGCCGCUGUCCGAGGGGACUGCAUCCGUCUGCCCAGGUGACAGGGCCGCGAUCAAGCAGCAAGUCAGCCCACAGGUGUCCAGCGAAGACUCUGACAGUGACUAUGAACUUUGCCCAGAGAUAACCCUAACCUGCACCGAGGAGUUUUCAGAUGAUGACCUAGAGUAUCUGGAAUGUUCCGACGUUAUGACGGAUUACUCUAAUGCAGUUUGGCAAAGGAAACUGCAGGGGACUGAGCAUGUUUUUUUAUUAGAAAGCGAUGACGAAGAGAUGGAAUCCAGUGCGUGUUGCCUGGGUGGGUGUGAGCAUCUCCUCGGUGAAAUGGGUUGUGGGUCUCGGGUGUCGGAUGACAUCGGGCCUAUGGAGGCCACCACUGGCCUCUGUGGUUAUCACUCACAACCCCCAGAAGUGGGGGUGAGGAGCGGCCAAGCCUCCACCCACAGUCCCUCAUCCCUGCAAACGGGGAUGAUUCUGACUUUGGGACCUCACUGGGACGCGACGUCUGCGGUGACAGACCCGGGGAGAUAUAAACCACCCGCUGCUUCCGAGGCUACUGAAAAUGAUUAUCCAGGAAUUCGAAGAGAAACCAGAGACAGCCAUCAGGCAGGAGAGGAAUUCACCAGUGACCAUCUGCUAAACACAGAUAAAGCAGAGAUCGAGACGGCGAUGCAGCGCUUGUCUGGUGAGUUAGAAAAGCCAGGGGCGAGCCAGUGGUUGGAGAUCGCAGCCGAGGGAAGAGUAGGGGAUGAGGGUUCAUUGACCAAGAGAGGCUCGGAGAAACCUGCCAGGCUGAGGUGGCCCAGCACGAGAGGAAAACCCAAGAAACUGAGCCCCAGCCUGAAAGCGAAUACAACAGAAAGCACCUUUAAUCUCUUCUAUCCCAAAGAACCCGUUAAGCACCCACGAACCCAGAGUGAUCAAAGAGACGGUUCUUGGGCCAGAGCAGAAGCUGACUGCAAUUCCCAGUUCCCUGCAGGACAAUGUGCUAGUCCAGUCCAAGCAGAGCGAGAAGGAAAAACCCCGCAAACUCCCCGGGGCUCACUCCCCCAAGGAGGUUACUCAGGCUUCGCGGGAGAAGGGAUGCCCGUCCAGAACCUGUUUGAAACAGGUGGAGUUCCAGACUGGAGUGCUCGUCCUCGGGUGCAAAUUCAGGAAACAGUCAGGGAGAGAGACUUUCUCAGCCAGCUGCCAGCUUUCUCAGAUCCUGCUGGGGAGCAGUCUGCAUUUGCUGGGACCACAACAAAUUCCUUCCCCAAUGCAGGAGGGAUCGAUGAGGAAGACAGAUCAUUGGCCCGAUACUUGGAGCUAGGAAGCUGUACUCAAUGUCCACAACACGGAGAAAAGCAGGACAGAAAAGACCAUGUACUUGGAGGUUCCUGGACAGAACUAGGAUAUGAGCUGAGCAUCCCAGAUGCCCAUAAUGAAAAUACAUCCCCCUGGGAGCUGUCAGUGCUUCUUCCCCAAGAGGGCAGUGCUGACCCCUGGGAGCCCAAGGCUCUCUCUGUUGCUUCCCCUGAACCCGAAAAGCCCAGUCUCACCCUGGAAACUCCAUGCAAUGAGCCAGGGGGCAGGGAAGCAGCAAGCGUGUUGGAGUGUCUUGAAGCACGAGACCAAGGAACACGGGACACUAUGGAUUCUCCUGCUGGAGCCUCAGCUGAUAGAUAUUUGCCUCCGGAAACUUGCUACACGGACUUAGAGCCGGCAGAGAUUCAAAGCAAAGUAUCUGAUUCACGUUCUCGUGAUAACGAGACGCCGGGCAUCCUCUCCCACACGCAGCGUUCUGAGCUCCCACAGUGCCCGUGCAGGAGCAGCAAGGGGGGAGACUCUGCUGCGCCGCCUCUUUUUACCAGUACUUUUACCUGGAACAUUUCGCAGAAGGCCAGCAAAGGUGGCACAGGGGAAAAUUUAGCAGAGACCGAGAAUGUCACCUCCGCGCUGGUCUCCACAGUCCAGCCUGGCCGGGAAAGGCCAAGCCCCGGCAGCUCCGGAGGGUUUGAGGAAAGACAGCCGCUGUGUUCUGAGAACAGUUCUUCUGUGCAGUUUCCAGAAGGCGGUGACGAGAGCCCCAGGACCCGUGCCCCAGACACUGCAGACACACCAGCCGGAAAUGGUUCGGUUGUGAUGUUUCCUCCUGAGAAGCCGGUGUCUUUAACUACUAAUCUUGAGUGUCUUCGGGUGACCAGGGAAAGUGGGGACACAUCGACCGUUACCAUGGCCACCAAAGUCCACCCAGCCAAAUACCUCCCUGUUUCAAUCGCGGAGGACAGUCACGCCAAUGGUCCCAGGGAGAGUUCCCCUCAGGCUCCGGAAGGAAAUAUUUGCCAGCUUCCUUCCAAUGCACAGUUGGGCCAUAUUUUUCAUUAUUCCACAACGGCAUCUCUAGAAGAGCCCUUUGGCCUGGCUCCCGGGGGGCCAGGAGUCCACAUCCACGUUCCUCAGCUCCCAGAAGGAGAGGGUUUCUGCCACACUUCCCCUCUUCAGACUGAUAACCAUUCUGGAAAUAAGAGCCCGGCCGUGGACGGAGCAGGCCGGAGGAGCCUCGAGGAGCAUUUCCAAGACAAAGAAAGUGAAACGACACAGAGGAUCCAGCAAGAGAGCUUACCCCAAAAGAGUUCUCCUCCUGAAGAUGAUCUCCAAGAAAGCUGGUCCAGGAUGCCUGUUGCCCAAGGGCAGAUAGUCCCACUGUCCUCACACUGCUUAUCAGCAAACUCCAGGGAGGAGAGAGGACUGAGCUCAGGCGCGGGGACUAGCGCGUGCGAGGCGGCUGAAGCCGCUGUGGAAGUUGGAGGUCAGGCUCCAAGCCACAUUUCUCCUCUCUCUAAUGUCCCCCUGGAAGAGUCCGGAGGGAGCAGGCCAGGACUUUGGGAAACAGGAAGCAAGCUGAAGAUUAUAACUCUGGAAGCUUCCAUUCCAGAAGUCUGGCCACCCAGACAACAGCCAGGUUCCAAGUACAAGGAGCUGGAAGCGGGUCCCACGAUUCCUGACAGGGUCUGGGCUGUGUGGGACGUUCUCAAGGCUCACGGCCCUCAGGCUGAGUCUGGCUCAGAGCUUGCCAUUGACAGAGAAGUGCACGUUAGUGGAAAACCAGCCGGCCGUGCAUCCUGGAGGAGUCUUUCGUCAGAGUAUUUGAGCCAACCCAGACUCCUAGAGUCAUCAGUGGAUCCUGUGGACGAAAAGGAAUUAGACGUCGCAGAUUUGCUAUACGAGCCUUCCAAAACUGGAAAGAGGGAAAACGUUAACAGUGUGAGCCGAAACCGAGAGGGCGACCGAGUCCAGGCGGAUCGCGCAGCUUUCUUUAAACGGUUUCUGACCCGCCCGAAGGUCAUGGAGUCCCCUGUGGACCCCACAGAUGCGGCAGGUGGGACGGUGUGUGCCUGGGCUGAGACGGCGGGGCCUCCAGCGUCCUCCGCGCCAGUCAUCAGUGAGGACAGUGACCGGAAUGCUGGGCCCAUGGGCCAGAGACUGGCUGUCCGGCCCCCCGUCUUGCAAGUCCUGAGUCCUGACAAAGGUUGGGGGGCACGUCCCCGUGCACGUGGAAUCGGCCAAAUUCAAGAGGGCAGCAAGAGAAGCUCCGGGGAGGCUGAACGCAGUAAAAACGACAAAGCAGAGUCUGUUUUCCCCACUUUACCUCUUUCUGAUGGGCCUGCAGUGAUGACUCACGCAUGUGACGGAGCAGAUAUUCGCGACUCCUCGGGUCAAAUGCAUGACGUCCCUGAGAAGGGUGUCGUGGGGCCCAGAAACCACCCAUACGCAUUUUCUGACUCAAAGGACAGAGGAGCCGUUGAGAGCGAGUGUGGGAAACAUUCACCCUCUCCCAGCGCUCUCACUCGGUUGCCUUUUACCGCCUGUCCUGAAGGAAACAUCACAAACUUUUCAGAAAGACACAAAAUCCAGGAACCUAUAGGGGAGGAGCCCCGCACCGGGGAAGCCACAUCCACCGGCGCAUCGGGCUCGCCCGCCGUGACCUUGGCCUCCACGGCAGGUGGACGUGUGUCAGAGAAAGCUCCCGAGAUACUGCCGUCCCCAUGCCAACAGGGCUCCAGCCUGGGCUCUGGGCGAAAACCCAGGGAGGAGAAGCUCGGGCACACGACCGCCCAGACCCUCGGCUUCCCGAAGUCCCCUGCCGCAGGGAGCGGUUCCCGGGAGGUCAAGAGGCAAGAGGCUGCAGGGAGAGGACCCUUAGCUGAGGGCGUGAAGAAGAAACUUCUCUCCAGGGUGGCCACCCUGAGGCUGCGAUUGGAGGAGGAGAACGUCAGGCGGAGUUCAAGCUUUCUCAGAAGGAUUCCUGCACCUGAACCACCUGCAUCAGGCACAGACGGGAGGCAAGACGCGGAGGAGCCUCCUUGCAGAAGAGAGGGAAAAGCUCCGAUAUUACUGAAAAAGAUCCAAGCCGAGAUGUACCCUGACCACUCCGGGAAUAUUAAAUUAUGCUGCCAGUUUGCAGAAAUUCAUGAAGAUUCUACUGUCUGGUGGACAAAAGAUUCAAAGUCAAUAGCCCAAGUGCAGAGAAGUGCGGGUGACAACUCGAUUGUGUCCUUGGCCAUCAUGCAAGCUGGUCAGAAGGACCAGGGCACCUAUGACUGCUCCAUCAAGAACAGUUACGGAAAACUGACCACUGAGUUUAACCUCACGGCUGAAGUUCUGAAACAACUCACGAGUCACCAGGAUCUGAAAGGAUGUGAAGAGAUCGAAUUCAGCCAGCUCAUCUUCAGAGAAGACUUCCUCAGCGACAGCUACUUCGGGGACCACCUGCGCGGUCAGAUCGCCACAGAAGAGCUGCACUUCGGCGAAGGCGUCCACCGGAAGGCCUUCCGCAGCAAGGUGAUGCGGGGGCUCACGCCCGUCUUCCAGCCCGGCCACGCCUGCGUGCUCAAAGUGCACAACGCUGUUGCCUAUGGGACCAGAAACAACGACGAGCUCAUCCAGAGGAACUACAAACUCGCUGCCCAGGAAUGCUACGUCCAAAACACCGCCAGACACUAUGCCCAGAUCUAUGCUGCCGAAGCACAGCCUCUGGAGGGCUUUGGAGAAGUGCCGGAGAUAAUUCCUAUCUUCCUCAUCCAUCGCCCUGACAACAACAUCCCGUACGCAACCGUGGAGGAGGAGCUGAUCGGCGAGUUCGUGAAGUAUUCCAUCAGGGAUGGGAAGGAGAUCAACUUCUUGAGGAGAGACUCGGAGGCUGGUCAGAAGUGCUGUACCUUCCAGCACUGGGUAUACCAGAAGACGAGCGGCUGCCUCUUGGUCACGGACAUGCAGGGUGUAGGAAUGAAGUUAACGGACGUUGGCAUAGCAACACUGGCUAAAGGGUACAAAGGAUUUAAAGGCAACUGCUCUAUGACCUUCAUUGAUCAGUUCAAAGCGUUGCACCAGUGUAACAAGUAUUGUAAAAUGCUGGGGCUGAAGUCACUUCAGAACAACAGCCAGAAACAGAAGAAGCCAAGCGUCAGUAGAAGCAAGACUCAGCCCAACUCCAUCCCCGUCAGGAAGGUGGCACCAGGGACCCCAGCCGAAAAGAAAACCUCUCGUCCCCUAUGAACUGCCAGCCACCUGGUGGCCGCACACAGUCUCGUGGGCGGAAAUCUGAGAACACUCAAGAGAGAACGUGUAGCCUGCGUCGCACACAGCGGUGUGACCGUCCCAUUUCCGGCUGCCCCGACGCCACCCUGCUUCCAAGCCCACCACCUACUGGCCUCCCCGGAGUGAUUUCGGGGCAGGACUUGUGACCAGACGUGCGGAGAGACGGAAUCAGCUGUCCCUCCCGAA